AACUUCGAGUUCUGUGCUGUCAAAGUGCCCCUGUUUCCAAAGGCGAUCGCGGCAGAAGCACAGCACAGGAAGCCGAGUAAGGCAGAAGAGAAUGAAAGAAGUAGAUAAUCUUGAAAGCAUAAAAGAAUGGGUUUGUGAAACAGGAUCUGACAACCAACCUCUUAGUGAUAAUCGACAAUCAACUUGUGAGUAUUUUGUCGACAGUCUUUUUGAGGAAGCCCAGAAGGUUGGUGCCAGAUGCUUGUCUCCCACUGAACAGAAGAAACAGGUAGAUAUAAAUAUAAAAUUAUGGAAAAAUGGAUUCACGGUCAAUGAUGAUUUCAGAAGUUAUUCAGACGGUGCAAGUCAGCAGUUUCUGAACUCCAUCAAAAAGGGGGAAUUGCCUUUGGAAUUACAGGGAACAUUUGAUAAGGAGGAGGUGGAUGUUAAAGUUGAAGAUAAGAAACAUGAAGUGUGUGUGGCAACGAAGCCUGUGUUCCAGCCCUUCUCAGGACAGGGUCACCGACUGGGAAGUGCCACACCAAAAAUUAUUUCUAAAUCAAAAAGUAUUGAAGUUGAGAAGAAAAAUAAUUUGUCUACUGUCCCACUAAACAACCUGGAACCCAUCACUAAUAUACAGAUCUGGUUAGCCAGUGGGAAAAGGAUUGUUCAGAAAUUUAACAUGUCUCAUAGGAUAAGCCACAUCAAAGACUUCAUUGAAAAGUACCAAGGAUCUCAGAGAAGUCCUCCCUUUUCCCUGGCCACGGCUCUCCCGUGCCUCAGGCUGCUAGAUGAAGCACUCACGCUGGAAGAAGCAGACUUGCAGAACGCCGUCAUCAUCCAGAGACUCCACAGAACCACGGAGCCUUUUAGAGGACUUUGAUAACAUUGACCUUUGACACACUAAGUGGAAAGUUUGCAGAGAAGUGAUGGUUCGUAAGUGAACAUGCAAACCGAAAUGGGGGGACGUCAGGUUCGCUGAACUUUUGGUUUGAGACCUAUUUAGCUCCCUCCAGAUGGGAAGACAAGUAAGUACAAGUUAGGAGAGGAAGCUACGACGAAACUAUAUUCAGUGCACUGUCUCCCAAAGGCUACUCAAAAAAAUCUACUUCUUUUCAAAUACCAAUGAUUCAACAUAAGAUAGAUUAAAGGACUAUAUCAUUUAGUAUCUUAGUGUGGUAUAAAUUAGCAAACAUGUUCACAGCAUCACUCAUUUAAACAUCAUCCCAAACAGCAGUGAUUUACUCAAAUGUUAGCUUGGCUCAGAAUUUUUAAAUAGCAAUACAUUAAAAGUUAUACAUGGCAGGUUAAAAGCAUCAGUGUCCUUAUUUUAUACCUCAGAUACAAUCAGAAUGCUAGAAGGAACUGCUUCCACCACAGCCAUGCCUAAACCUUGAAGUGUUCUCAGUCUGCAUUCUCUAAGGCAAGGUACACUCAAACAUUAAGUUGGCAAUAGUAUCUAGUAUUUCCAGGUAAGAAUAAAAUUCUGUAGCUUAGUAUAAUGUCAGUAUUAAUCUGUCUACUCACAUUUCUACAUUUUUGAGAAGUAUAAUUUUUUUAAAUAUAUAUUUAUUGAUUUCAGAGAGUUAGAAACAUCAAUGAUGAGAAAGAAUCAUUGAUUGGCUGCCUCCUGCAGGCUCCCUUCUGAGGAUCAAGACCACAACCUGGGCAUGUGCCCUGACCAGGAAUCGAACUGUGACCUCCUGGUUCACAGGUCAAUGCUCAACCACUAAGCCAGGCCGGCCAGGCGAAAGUAUAAUUUUUUAAAAAACUAUGUUCUCUCCAGGAACCUCAGUUCACCCCCUAUUUUAUUUUAUUUCAAACAUUAGGGACUUGUUCUUAGCUAACAUUCGCAGUAUGUCAUUCAUUUGAGACUGCUUACUUAGAAUCUAAUGUUGUGUUUGUCACACUGCUAAUUAACAUUUUUUAAAUGCCUUAUGUCAUGUAUGGUUUUCUAUUCCAUACAUUAGAGUCAACCUGUGUAUACAUUCAAGGGUUAUUUAUUACAUUCUGAGGUCACCAAGGAAGACUUGCUUUGUUUCUUAGACUUUACAACCAGCUAGACUUCGAUAGUCACUGUCCGAUUGCAUCCCCUUGUCCAAAAAUAAGUUUAGGAAGCCUUUUUGCAAAUGAUCUGUUGAAUCAUAUUUAAAGUGAGAUAUACACUGAGUGUGCCAAGGAACUAAGCAGCCAUGCCCAUCAGCAAUAAUGUUCACAGGGCAUUGGACGUCUGCUGGGAGGAGCAGGUCUUAAACUGUUUGGUCUCCAGACCUUUUUUUAUGUGGGUUAUAAAUCUGUUAAAAAUGUAAAAGUUACACAUAUUUAUUCAUUUGAAAAUAAUACACAUGUAAAUAUAAACACUUUUACGAAAAAUGUCUAUUUUCCAAAACAUUAAAAAUAAGAUUUCGUGAGAAAAGUGGCAGUGUAUCCCAUUUUUUGCAGAUGUCUUUCCUGCCCGCCUUAAAGGGACAGAUGGCAUCUCCUGCCUGCUUCCACGUUCAAUCUGUUGUGCUAUCGCACAUCGUGUGGCCUCCAGUAAAUGCUACUACGUGUUCAUGAGGAAGUGAACAAAACAAAUAACGUCUCAGUAUGAUCAGGAAAGUAGUUUUGACCUUGUGGACCCCCUGAAAGCCAUUCUGAUAAAGCAAUAUUUGCCGUGAUUCUCAAGCCCUAGUGUAAGAAUCACUUGGGAAGCUUUUCAAAAGGCCUAUUGCUGCCACUCACCAUGCACAUUCUGAUUCAUCGUAUCUGGGGUGAGUCCCAGAUCUCUGCAUUUUUUAUCGCAUUUGAUUCUUAGGUAUGUAAUGGCAGGAAAUCCUGCACCGUAGCUCCCCCUUAUGAAAAUAAAGCCUCGUGUGCGCCAUGGACAGUGGAAGACCCUCCACUGAAAUGGGGGGUCCUCUUAGUUUUAUCUUUGUCGCCCCCAGUUUGUUCUGAGACUGUUCCCCUUUAACUCUGAACUAACCAUGCCAUAAACCUAUACUUCAUCUUCUAUGAGCACAGCUGAGAUAAGGCUGGAACAUGUAAAUGAGGUUUUUAGCAAAGGCUCAGGAAUAACAAUGAAAGGGAAGUACCCGUAUAACUAGAUGGCCUGUUUCAUAAGCUAUAUCUUCUGUUGGAGGAACAUUUGAAGAAUGCUUUCUUUUAGAGACCUGUCUUUUUACUAGGAAGGGAGGGAGGACAAAGGAAAACCUUCUCUUUUUGUUAUUUGCUCUCAGAAAUGAACAGGUAUAUAAUAGAAAAUAAAUACUGUCAGUCAUGUUUACAGCUGCGGCAGAGCCCUCUAGUGAAACAAUGGCAUUCUUUACAAUAAUGAGGGGACAGGAAAAUCAAUGAACUUCUCUUUCAGAUAUAAAAUAACAUAAGGUGGUUAUUAACAUAUUUUCAAAAAUAUGUAAGAAAAUGUUUCAUAUAGGCCUAUCAUAAAGCAUUUUAUAAUUUUUACUUGCAUAAUUAUAGUCAUUAUGUGAUUCUCCAUAUAUUUCUAUAAAGGGGCCUCUUGGAAAUAUUUGUCUUGUACCUAUAGAAAAGCCUCCUUCGUGGAUGUUCCCAUUUAUAAUGAUUUAACCAGGAGACACACAGGAGGUUUUCUUGUGUGUCCAUGUAGAAUACACUCCAGUGGGAAGUUUCUAUAGGGCAAGACCCAUCACCAGCAGUAACCUUCGUUUUUGUAACUGUAGAAAAUUUCACUGAUGUGGAUAAUAUUCUCAGAGGUUUUCUAAAAGGAGAAUCAUCUGAUAAAGCUUUUUACCUGAAAGUUUCACGUUCUAAAGUUGUUCAUUAAAUGUGUAGAAUAUUCACAACAUGUUGAUUUUAGAAAACAUAAGCUGAAUUUAUUAAGGGAAGGCAGCCUGGCGAUUAAGCAUAUUAGGUGUGGAAUAUAAUUUCACCUAAAGUCAUUUCAAAACUAUUGUCAGCUCCUUGAAAAUCAUUGUUAGGGUUAGUAUAUAGAAGUACAUUUCUACUUUUGCAGAUUCUAAUUUAUUGGUUAAAUUACUAUGCAUUUUCCAGGUUAUAACGGUGAUCUUAUUUUAUAUACUUCUCUCCUUCAGAAUACUUUUUAUUCUGUUUCAUUGUGUUGAAAAUACGGUAUGUAUGCAUCUAUUUUAGUGCCUUAAAGUACUUUGAAAGCAAUCUUUUGCUAAAGGCUAACAAACUGUUGUCUUAAGGGUGGAUACUAUUUGUUAAAAGGAUCUGUGAAAUAAUUCAUACUUGUUUGUUAUAAAGUGGUUACAUAUAGAUGCAUUUGUCAUUUUUAUUUGGCAAAUUCAUUCACUUUGAGAAUCUACAAAUAUUUAUUAGUUGCCUUCUGUUUGCCAGGUACUUUAACCAAUGUUACUUUCACUUAAUACUCAGAAAUGUUAAAGUGUGAUAUUUUCUAUACUAACUCAGUGUUUGUAUUUGUUUUUAAACCAUCCUUGUGACCUGAGUUGAACUAGCAUGAAGAUUCCUUGGUAGGAUUUACUUCUUUGUUCUUUCUCUGACUACAAACCAUUUAAUUAAAAAAUAGUUCAGCAUA